AUGGCAGGGCCUUCUCUGGUGGACGCGCGGCUGCUGCUGAGGGGUUGUCUGGCCCUCCGUGAGCGCCCUGAAGAGGAGGAGGCUGCGUCAGGCGAAAACAGACAGGGAGAGGCACUUGAGGAGGACGAAGGCGGCGACGGCCUGGAGCUGGGCGCGGAGGAGCUGCUGCUGACGUGGGACUACAUUUCCCAGAAAGCCUUGCAAGCAUCAGAGAACUCAUCCCUGCUUUUCCUAGAUGUCCAUGGGGUAGUUUUUCCACAAGGCCGAGAAGGGGAUUUAUGGAAUAUGGAGUUCCACGGGGCCUCUCUUCGUUCUCAUUUCCUCCGGCCUGAGGGAGAAUUUGGCUCUCGCUCCUCUGCAGGAAAGAGAUCUCCAGUGUCCUUUGAGGAGGUAGCAGUCUUCUUCACUGUGGAGGAAUGGGUUCUGCUGGAUCCAGGCCAAAGGAAACUCUACUGGGAAGUGAUGAAGGAAAGUUAUGAGACGGUGGCCUCUUUAGUUGCAGAUGUGAGGAAGAUGCUGAAUGAAAAGGAAUUAGGAAGGAGAGCUUUGGACAAAGAUAAAGAUCAGCAGGUGGAAGUGAAAUCUGGAAAUCAAACAGUACCAAAGAAGGACUGCAGAAAGAAAUGGAAAAGGGUUCACACAGGGCAGAAGCCGUAUAAAUGCUUAAAGUGUGGAAAGUGCUUCUCUCAGAAUGGUGGUCUAACUUCACAUGAGAAGACUCACACAGGGGAGAAGCCAUAUAAAUGCUUGGCGUGUGGAAAGUGCUUCUCUCAUACUCAGAGCCUAAGGACACAUGAAAGGAUUCAUACAGGGAAGAAGCCGUAUAAAUGCUUGGAGUGUGGAAAGUGCUUCUUUCAGAAUGGCAAUCUUACUGCACACCAAAAGGUUCACACAGGGGAAAAGCCAUAUAAAUGUUUGGAAUGUGGAAAGUGCUUCUCUCAGAAUGGCGGCCUAAGUAAACAUCAAAGGGUUCACACAGCGUGGAAGCCGUAUAAAUGCUUGGAGUGUGGAAAAUGCUUUUCUCAUAAUAGCAACCUAACUAUACAUGAAAGGGUUCAUACAGGGGAGAAGCCAUAUAAAUGCUUGGAGUGUGGAAAAUGCUUCUCUGAAUAUAGCGUCCUAACUAGACAUCAAAAGAUUCACACUGGAGAGAAGCCGUAUAAAUGCUUGGAGUGUGGAAAGUGCUUCUCUUACAAUAGCCACCUUACUGCACAUCAAAAGACUCACACAGGGGAGAAGCCGUAUAAAUGCUUGGAGUGUGGAAAGUGCUUCUCUCAUAAUAGAAACCUAACUACACAUGAAAGGGUUCAUACAGGGGAGAAGCCAUAUAAAUGCUUGGAGUGUGGAAAGUGCUUCUCUGAUAAUAGAAACCUAACUAGUCAUCAAAAGAUUCACACAGGAGAGAAGCCGUAUAAAUGCUUGGAGUGUGGAAAGUGCUUCUCUCACAAUACCCACCUUACUGCACAUCAAAAGACUCACACAGGGGAGAAGCCAUACAAAUGCUUGGAGUGUGGAAAAUGCUUCUCUCGGAAUGGCAGUCUAACUGCACAUCGAAAGGUUCACACAGGGGAGAAGCCAUAUACAUGCUGGGAGUGUGGUAAGAGCUUCUCUCAGAAUGGCGCCCUAAGUAAACAUCAAAGGGUUCACACAGGGCAGAAGCCGUAUAAAUGCUUGGAGUGUGGAAAGUGCUUCUCUCAUAAUUGCCAUCUAACUACACACCAAAAGAUUCACACAUAG